AUGGCAUCGGCGUCGGCGUCCAACCACCAGCAUCCUCCGACAAGUUCGGCUGCCGAUUUUCCAAAUCAGACAUCACAUACCUCCCAUGUUGACUCGAGCGGACAUCUAGCGACUAGCGGUUACGCGCCGAAUGACAAUCAGCUGGCUGGAUUGGUGGAAGCUGCUACAGCUGCGGCCGGGCAGGACGUCUCGGAAUGGGCGGCGGCGGCGGCAGUGGCUGCGGCAGCCGGCGCGGCCGGCCAUCAGCAUCACCUGGACAGCUAUGGGCCGGAAAUUCACAUUGAAGAUGAUGGUUUUGGAGACGCCAGCUUUGCAGCGGGAAUGGGCACGGGAAGGCAGCUGCGGGGGUCGACAUCCGCUUCGGUCAAUGAGCAAGGCCCAUCGCCGGGCUUGUCGAGAUCGGUCUCCAAGAAACGGAAAAGAGGGGAAGAUGCGCUCGAUCCAGCGUUAACAGCGUCCGGCGCUGGGGUUGGUCUUUCGGGUGGUCCGCAGCAGCAGCAGCAGCAGCAGCAGCAACAUCACCUUCAUCCCCAGCCUCACCAUUAUGACGGUGAUAGCUUGGACAUCAGAUCAGUCCCGCCCCAGUCUCUGUCGGACGCUCGCGCCGCUGGCGUGCAUUCUGCCGCUGCGCUGUUUCGCCAACCAUCUACUAACAAGAAACACACUCGCCCGCCCAUGUCAAAACUCUUUACCUCUCUAGAAUUGUCGCCAGAGAACUUCUUACACUUACAGGCUGCUGCCAAAGCAUAUAUGCUGGACCCUAAACAUCCAGAGAGACGAGAUUGCGUCGGUCAGCGGGGCAAAGGCGACACCGAGAUGGUCAAAUUGAGGCUAUGGAACUGCGUGCGUCAUUUCUUGGAGAUUGAAGGCAACGGAGAACGCUUUUUUGGGGAGAAUGUGACCAACGAAGGCAUGGGUCCCAGGACCUACGUCUGGCCGCGGGAUCAGCAAAAGAUCAUCUCAUUAGUGAUCCCUCUGCUGAGAAGAAUGGUCACCAAUGAACGCCAGAGACAAUAUGCGGUUGAGACGAGAAAAGGAGGCGGUGCUGAGGAGCGCAGGAGGAGAAAGACAAACGAAAGCUUUCCGAACUUCAGCAAUAGCGCAAGUCCUCCGAAGUUUCCUUCGGAUGGACAACUGCAGAUGCAUUCUCAGCAUCAUAUCCCGGACGAGUAUGCCUCAGCACCCGUUUCGAUGCAACCGCAACAUCACAUGGACUCAGCAUCGCAGAACGUGGAGCUUGGCUUGACGGACCUGUUCCUGGACGGCUAUCCCAAUGACUGGGGGGUGAUCAACAAGUCAUAUGAUAUAUACAAUCAUGACUUUGAACUCGAUAAUUUGUGGUACCUUUCAGGUCUUCAGCAGCCAGAUUGGCGCGGAUUAGUUGCUGCAGUCGACAGUCACUACCAGGUCUAUCAUGAAGGAGGUUUCAACUGUCCCACUCCCUGCGAAGAUCAGAAUGUGAAUCGCAUUCUGAAUUCGAAUGUCACCUCAGAUCUUCGCUGGCGAAUCGGCGGAAAUCACAACCGGACCGCCAAGAAUGAAUUCGCAAGCAGUAUCACUCGUGACAUCUCGCGAAUCAUUCGCGACAAUCUUGCAGCCAAGCAGGGCGCUCAUGAGCCCACGCACGAGCAUGAACAACUGCCGCAACACCAGCUCUUCCCGCCACUAUACUUCCCUACGAUGCCGGGAAACACAAAUACCAACAAUGCCAACACACAUACGGCCGUCCCUAUUACCCCAACACCUGUCUCUCUUCAUAUCAACAUCUUACAGAACGGGAAGCGUAUCCUCCCUCGCCUGGAUAUACCUGCUGGGCAGUGUCCUGAUCUGGAAACUCUCAAGCAGCUCAUCUUACGCCGAUUUGCUGGCCAAUUACCGGGUGUCACAUCCGACUCGAUGAUGGAUGGGACAGCGAAUUCCUGGAAUCCCUCGUUGGGGUGGAGGUACAAAGCCUGGUUACCGGAUGGAUUAACCAUGGUGCAGAACGACGGCGAAUGGACAAUGGCUCUUCUCUCCGCUGGGAAUGUCGACUGGAUGGAAGGCGAUUUGAGGGUCCUUGUCGAACUCGAAAGCUCCUAG